CACCGUCAGCUUCGUGUGUAUGAGUGUUCCGUGGAAGGAUGCUGCGCGCGAGUGCGUUUCGUGGAGGCGAUACGCGUGCACCAGUGGUGGGGCGUGGAACGAACAGGGCGAACAGCGGGACCGAGUUCGCUCAGUAUUUGGCGAAAUUUUUCCCGAAUUUGGGGACGGUGAACUAGCUGCGGCCGUUUAAACGAUAUCGUUCAACGCGCGACGUUCCGAUAGCUGCCGGUCGCGGUAAGGUCGUUCGGUUUGCCGCGGUUCGCGAAGCCCAGACGUCGCGUCGUUUCGAGGUCGUGCGCUCGCUUGGAUUUCGAGGUAGACCGAAUCCUUCGACGAUGGUGGGGAGCGAAGGAAAGUAGUAGGAGGAGGUCGCUGCGAAGGUAUCGCUUCUCCCUCUUUCGUAUCAAACUACAAAAAUAUAUACGAGUUUUCUUAUUGCGUGUCGAAGAUAAGUGCCGGUUGCCCGACGAUUACCUAACGAAACGAACACGCCGCUCAGGGUUGCGCGAGCCAAGUUAUUUCCCAGUGACUGACAGAUGACAUACGCAAAUUUCUAGCUGGUCGCAGAGAAUCGUCGGGUAUCUGGAGGUGUCGAUAGUCCGGUAACGCUUGGUCGGAAAUACUCGACGCGACACCGGGCGGCGGAAAGCUUUUUUUUUAUGUCCGCGCUGAACAUUCUGCCAGGAGGACUCGCGCGCUUCCUUUUCCUCGUUACGUGGAACGCGUAAUACGAUCGCUGUUAAAAUUCUCGGCGAGUGUUGCAUCGAACCAAAUCGUGGAUCGAAGGUCGGAGGGGGGUAAGAGGAGCGAGCAGGAGGACGGACCACGAGUCCGUACACACCUAUUUAAUUCUUUCUUCUCUGUCUGCUCUCCGUCCAGACUCGACCAACGUGAUAUCGCGUCGGUGUUCACGCGAGAAAGACAGCGCGCGUCCGAUCAGGCGUACGCGUGUGUCCAUCGAGGCAGAGGUUGGUCACGAGCUUGGUGGGGAAUGCGAUGAGAGAAGGUAGGAGAACGAACGAGAGUCCGCGAUAUUCUCUCCGACGUUGGAGGUUUGCCUUCCUUCUCGGACGUACGGGAGCCGUCGCUCCCUCGUAUCUUCGUGUGUGUUCCAUCGAGUAGCUCGAUCGCGAGAGAGAGAGAGAGAGAGAGAGAGAGAGAGAGAGAGAGAGAGAGAGAGGGAGAGAGAGAGAGGGAGAGAGAGAGCGAGAGCGAGAAAGAGAAAAAUAUAACACGCGCUGUAAGGGCAGAGGGGGACGAGGGGGCGCGAAAAGUCGAAGAAGAAUAAGCGAGAAGUUUGGGCGCACUCUAUCCUCGUCUCCGUUAGCCAGCGAAUUCACGGACAUCACGGGAGUAUCCUGGGCGAAACACGGACCGCGACACACCGAGCCUCGCGAGUUGGCGUAUGUGUUCCCCGUGGAUGUGGUAGAGGCUGGUUCGAAGGGAGCUGGUGGGGACUAGAAGGGAGAAGGUAGGAGGACGAGUUGGGAGGACGAAGGCAGCGCUAUCGAGUGGCGGUACCAAGAAGCAACGGCGUCGUCCGUCGUCACCGCCGUGUAUCGUCGCCGCUGAGAGAGAGAGAAGUCCACCGCUGAGGGACUAUCCGAGAUUUGGUCGCUUUUAAACGAAAUACACGGGCUCGUGAGCCCAAAUUGACAAACGUCCGGUUACGAAUUGUAUUCGCGUGACACGCGUGUGAUACGAAUAGAAUUUCCGAAGAACGGGUCUACGAAUUCGCGAGUGUCCUACGGAACGCCGGACAAAGACUCCGGUAUCGUACACAGAAGCGGCGGUAUUAGCCAAAACGGGACUGCCGGUACGACCAAAGGAUAUCUACGAAGAAAGAAAAGGACGGUGCAAAUCGAGGGUAAUUAUCGGAAAGGUCUUGGUCGAACGGAACUAGCAAAGGGGUAAAGAAGACGAUACCGGAACCGUAGGACGCAAACCGUGGUGAAAAACAAACAGAAGAAACGAGGACGAACGUAGCCGACGCAGGAAGAAAGACGGUGCAGCUCUUCUUGCUGACUGCGCGCAGAAGAGAACCUAGUUUAACGCGGGCUUUAACCAAUUCAAUUCAUAGGCUCGGGUUAAGCCAGGAUUUGUGGCUUAGCACUGAUGGUGUUUGCUACCACCACGAGAGAUUUAACUGUUUCUGCGGCAAACCGUCCUCGGACCACCGGCCAGGUAGAGGUGGAGACAUACGAAGCCAACGAUAGUGGGCAAAACGUGUCGGCGCCGCAAGAACCAACACCGGGCCUAUCUGAGAACAACGCGACGGUACCUUUGCAAUUGAGUGUGAAUAAUCGACGCGAAGAAAAUUUCUGGUUGACGACAGAGGAGGUAAAUCAACAGUUAAGGCAUUCUGAUACGAGAGCCGCAGUGGCGGGUGAACUGGCUUGCCUCGCGGGUUACAUGGCGGGGUACCUGAAGGCUACCGGCGCCACUUGCGCUCCGACCAGUAGUCCUCAGUACCAUCCCCACAGUCAUCCAACAAUGGGAGUCGGCACCCAUCCACAUCCGCAUUCUCACCCGCAUCCAGGAGCUCCACAUCCAGGACUACCGUCGCCGUUUGCACUCGCUACUCACGGUCAUCCGCAUCCUCAUCCUCUGGAACAUGGACUAGCUGCCUUCCCACAAGGGAUGAAUCAACGUAAACAACGCCGAGAAAGAACAACCUUUACCAGAGCACAAUUAGAUGUGUUAGAGGGACUUUUUACAAAAACAAGAUAUCCGGAUAUCUUUAUGCGCGAAGAGGUUGCACUGAAAAUCAACUUGCCCGAAUCACGAGUGCAGGUGUGGUUCAAGAAUCGUCGUGCGAAAUGCAGACAGCAAUUGCAACAGCAACAGACUUCGCCUUCCAAAGGUUCGCCGAGAUCGAAUCAGAAUCAAAAUAAUAGUAGCAAUAGCAACAAGAUGCCGACGACCUCGUCAGCGUCAACUAGUAGACGCUCAUCGCCGGUUUCUCCACCACGCGGGAAAGAGGCACCAGGACCGAAUUCGCCUCUCUUAUCGACGACCUCGACGUACCCGCGUCUGGGUGUGACGCCAACCGGUGGAAGCGGAGCGAACAGCGCAUUAACUACACCUUCUCCGCCGUUGACUCCGGGUGCAAGUCAGUUGCCGCCAUCGUCGUAUCCACCACCGAUGAAUCAACUUCAUCACGGCGACUACGGUUUCGCUUGGAGUUCAUCGUCGCCCGGCUCGGUGAACCCGAGCCAAUGUUACCCUGGGCAGACCUACAAUGCCUAUCAGAAUCCGUACACCAGCGGCGAUUACUAUCAAACUCAGAUCUCGCACAUGCAUCACAGCCCGCAAGGAAAUUACCAUCCGCAGUAUCACCACAACAUGACAUUGACGUCCUCUAUGUCACACUUGACCAGUCAUCAUUUGAAUCCAACAGGCAGCAACGAAAUGGCUACUUCGCCGGAGUCCGAUGGUUAUAUACUAUCUGACCAGAAAUAUCAGGCGAUGGUAUAGCGGCCUGGUAGAAACUCCUGUAUCUCUCACCGCACUCAGGAAAAUACCGCUACUACUGGAUCCUUUGCCACUUAUAAUUAGAUCGUCAAUCUUUAUGCAGAUAUCGUGACAUCUGAAAAUAGGCAAGGUAUAUAAAAGAUACGUACGAGACAAUUCGUUUAUUGCGAUUUAAUGAUGAAGCAAAUUUCUGUCCAGGCUGAAAAAUAGUAUCCAUUUCUUAUCAAAGUAUAGAUUUGCAUAAAGAUUCGCGGUCUACUAGCGAUCGCUUCCGAAAUAUAAUGGUGAAUCGUAUCAAAGCGUUGAAACCUAUUUCGGUAAUGAUUGACAGAGGCACGAAUCCUGUUCACAUUCAUUUUCCUGUUCGACAGAAGAAGAUUCGAAUAAGGACAAAUUAUAUAGACCAUUUGUUGCAUAGGUAAGAGAAUUGAACAACACUGAUUGUAAUUACCUCUAUCUUCAUUAAUUAAUACCUCUAUCUUCAUUAAUCUUACAAGACAUAAUUCAUAUGACUGGCUUUUACGAUUAUCGUUGCGGGAGUGAUGUAGAGAAGGAGUAGAAUAAAACAAAAAACUCCCGAUGUGUUUGUUUUUUUUGUUAUUAUCCUCCUCUCGAACCUUCUCGAAGUUGGUGUUCAUUUUUAAAAAAUGUUGGGGAUAGUGCCGAUCAUAUUGUAAAAUAGAAUCCUCGGGUACAAUCCAAAUUAAGAUCGUAAUAGAUUAAUUUCAUGUACGGUCAGAACUAACGGAUCGAUGGUAAUUAAUUAUUUGCUUUCGACAUUGAAUUUUACCGCAUGUUCGAAGACAAAAACGCGUCUAAACGAAUUAUUCGUAAUUUAAAUUUUCAGUAGCUGAUAUAAAUAUCGACGAAAUUAACAAUUGAAUACGAGCAUUGAGUAUCAUCGUCAUUUCCGUAGUAUGUAUUCAUUGAAGUUUUAAGUUAGGAACGAUUUGAGUAAGGGUAGUAAGAGUAAACAAAUUGCGAUGAACAUUUAAAUGAUGUACGAAAUUAGACGAUGUUUCGUUAUCAUUUAUCAACCACAUGUUUCUCGUUGCUUGUAUUGUAAUUAAGCGAAUACCAGGCGAUCGAGAACACAAGCACGGAAAUCUUUUGCAACUAUUUACAAUCGGAAGUGGAAAAGAAUAUCUGAUCCUGACCCGUUCAACUCGAUUCCAUUCGACGCGUGUUCUUAUUUUUAUCGUCCGAAGCUGAAACGAAAUUCAAACGUUUUUACAAUUGACGCGAGAGUGAAGUUUCCUUUCUUCCAUUAUGAUCGUUCUCUUGGAUGGGUUUCCGAUUAAUUUAAUUACUCCUUUCGCGAUUAUUUCAUCGCCUCUAAGAAUUUAAUAACGUUCAAAUUAUUUCCAAUCUUAUGAUAUAUAAGAAUCCGCAACGAUGUUUCGCGACCGAUCGUAAUAUGGCUAUCGUAGUAGAGAUAUGUUUUCCUAAUGCAGUAACUGUCGGGAAAAAUGAAAUAGUGCAAUUGCGAUAGCUGGGAGGAAAUCAUGUGCGGUCGUUGAUCUCUGGAUUCAUAAAGUUUAUGUACGCUUAUUAUAAUUAUUCUAUUCUUUUUCUAUUUUUAUCUUUUUUCUUAUUCUAACUUUUAGUAGUAUUAGAGAGCGUACCGAAGCCGAAAAGGUUCGAGAGUGUUAGAUAGUGUGCAUACCUAUCACUAUCCAACUUUAUCUGUUCCAUUUCGUGACAAGGGAAACUGGUAUUAAAUUAUAGAUCGUUUCUUGCAGUUACGACCAAUUUUGGUCUCGAUCUGCAAGGUAUUAUUGUAUAUUCCGCGUAUACACAGCCAUAAUGUAUACUAUCGUGAGUUGAAACAUAAAGUUAAUUGAAAUAAAAAAAGAAAAUAAAUAUGAGAUAUCAGUAAAUUUAAGAAUAGCAAAUGGCAGUGUACGCUGUAAUUGAUUAUCGUGCGUAUAGAAUUAAGUUACUUUGUAACAAUACAAUGCAAGCUGUACAUAAUUAUUAAACUUAUAAGGUACAUGAUUAUUCUAUCAUGUAAGAAGAGAAUCUUACUACGUCAAAAAAUAAAUCGUCGCAUAUUAUUAAUAA